AUGAAGCCAUUAAACAUCAGAUGGAGUUGGAUUGCUCUACUAUUGACAUAUUUCUUCCUAGGAAUCUUCCUUAUUUAUCAUUAUCAGCACAGUCCACAUGUGAUCUCUACAAUUACCGAUCAAGAGCUCCUUGAAGGCAGUAAACCAACAUCGCGCCCUGACCCGAGCUAUGCCCACCUGGGAAAAACGAGCUCUGUGCGCCACCGUUUAAAGGUUUCCCUAGCAAAUUUCGGAUAUCUCAGAAAUACCACCUAUCUGCAUGCGUCAUUGAAAAAUCAAUGUCUACAGUUCUCGCCGCUG